CACGACGACUCUCUUUGGCCAAGAGAACGCACCGUGCACUCACAGCGCAAUACACUCACAUCUCCGCCUGUUUAUAUUACUCGUUGGACAACGCCCUCUCCCCGUCUUCGGCCACUUUUGCCCCCCCAAAUUUCAACUUGCUCAGCUUCGGCCUUGCCUUACUCUUGCCCCCCGGCCACGCGCGCGUUGGUUCCCUUUGGUUGAUUAACCACUCUCGCCGCCUCGUCCUUCGAUCGAUCACACCGUCUACACCGCCAGCGGCGAGCGACCCGUGACAAAGCGAGCCAAGGCAACACAGACUCACUUCCCUUUGCACAACAACUACUCGGAAUCCAUCAUCCAUCUCUCGGUCUCGCCAAACGCAAAAACGACACAACUUCCCCCCAGCAAGUCAUCCCACGCGCAACAAACCCCCCCCCGCAAGCCCUCCCGGUCAGCGUGCAUCUCAUCAAUCCAAAUCCACGCCCUCUAGCCGCUGCCGCCGUCGGGCACCAGCCAAACACAUCCGUCGCGCCGCUUGUCUCAGCGAUCACAAUCGGCCAGUGACCCAACCUUCUUCAACCCAACGAGCCAACCCCGGACCUCCCGACACGAAACUUUCCCACAGCCCAUCCACGUUCUCCCGCAUCAACAAUGGGUGGCUGUGUCUCGUCUGAAUCGACCGCGGUCGACCAGCGCAGGACAACUGACCCCGCCGCAAAGAAGCCCGCCGCUCCACCAGCAGCCUCGACACCGGCACCCAAGGCGGCCGUUGCCACUCCCCCUGCCGCUGCUGCCGCGGCGACCCCAGCAGCUGAGGCGCCAGCAGCAGCGGCUGCGACGGCAAACGGGUCGCCCACACCAGGAAACAACUCGACGGCGGCACCUGCCGCCGGAGGCAACGCCCAGGGCCUCGCGGCGGCGCUCGCCCAGGCACCAGACGCGGGCGACGUUGGGGGCAAGAGCAGCAAGAGCAACAACAGCAAUGUCAUUGACCGUCAGCUUGAGGACGACUCGAAGAAGCUGAAGAAGGAAUGCAAGAUUCUGCUCCUCGGUUCUGGCGAGUCGGGCAAGUCUACGAUCGUCAAGCAGAUGAAGAUUAUCCACCAGAACGGCUACUCGCGUGACGAGCUGAUGCAGUUCAAGACCGUUGUCCACAAGAAUGUUAUCGACUCGGCUCAGGCCUUGGUCAUGGCGAUGAGGAAACUCGGCGUCGACCCAGAGGACCCAACAAACAGGACACACGCGGACCGUAUCCUCGAGUACCGGAUGGAGGCCGACGCCCCCGUGCCAACAGAAAUCUUCCGCGCGAUCGAGGCGCUCUGGCACGACCCGAUCAUUCCCGUGGUUAUGGACCGCUCAUCAGAGUUCUACCUCAUGGACUCUGCGACCUACUUCUUUGCCAACAUUCGCCGCAUCUCCGAGCCAGGCUACGUUCCUGACGAGGCCGAUGUCCUCCGCGCAAGGACAAAGACGACGGGUAUAACCGAGACGCGCUUCAACAUGGGCCAGCUCAGCAUCCACAUGUUUGACGUCGGUGGCCAGCGAAGUGAGCGUAAGAAGUGGAUCCACUGCUUCGAGGCCGUCACCUCGAUCAUCUUCUGCGUCGCCUUGUCAGAGUACGACCAGGUCCUCCUCGAGGAGAACGGCCAGAACCGAAUGCAGGAGUCGCUCGUCCUGUUCGAAUCCGUCAUCAACUCGCGCUGGUUCCUCCGCACCUCGGUCAUCUUGUUCCUCAACAAGAUUGACAUUUUCAAGCAGAAGUUGCCAAAGGUGCCUCUGGUCAACUACUUCCCCGAGUACACUGGUGGUGCCGACAUCAACAAGGCUGCCAAGUACAUUCUCUGGCGUUUCACCCAGACCAACCGUGCUCGCCUCUCGGUGUACCCCCACUUGACACAGGCUACGGACACGUCCAACAUCAGCCUCGUCUUUGCGGCCGUCAAGGAGACAAUCUUGCAAAACGCGCUGCGCGACUCUGGCAUCUUAUAGUCUGGCGUCUCUCCCUCUCUCUCUACCUCUCUACCAGUGUAUCAUCCUCGUCCAUUCUGUGCCGCCGCAGUCGCCGUCGCCCUCGCAAGAUCAGUCAUAACAGUAACAGUACUUCAUACGUUUGUGUGCACCUUCUCGUUGCCAUCCACGCCAUCCGAAGCCGUCGUUGUGGUUGCGUGCUACGCCUCGCCGGCCCGCUCUCCUCGAGCAGCGGCAGCCAGCCAGCCAGCCGUGGCCGCCGCUACCCAAUGACGUCUUGUCCAGCCAAGUCACUUGACAAAUACCGAUUGGAUUCUGUUCACCCCGCUUUAUAGUCUUUUCGACAGUCGUGUGUCAUGUGAUUGUGCUGCAUG